AUGAGCAAAUCUAUCAGAAGGGGAGAAAUAUACUUUAACGGGGUUUUUAAAUAUACUAAGAAGAAAAGCUUGCCAGUCCGUGACGAUGCUGGUUAUGGGGAGUUUUCAACAGAGAGGGGAUACUUGCGCGCAGUAAGGGAGAAAAAUAGUACUCAUAGAAUAGGAAGGGAUCGAGAAAAGGUUAAUCACGGGGAGGGUGACUUGGACUGGGAAGAGGAUGAUAGCCCGGAGAUAGACAAGGUGGGCGAAGUCGGCGAAACUGAGCAGGAGCGAAAAGAUGAACAGGCAGAGAAGCCCCUGAAGGAGCAGCAAGAACAGCGGGGGUACAAACCAGAACGACUGCAACCAAGGAGCGAAAAAUCGAGAGAGCAACCUCGAAAACAAUCAGGGGAGCAGAACAAGGGUCCCCCAAAACUCACCGCUAUAACAAGCGACGCUGUGGAGGCACCCGUGAGAAGGCUUUUCCCCGAUGGAAUAUUAAAAAAACGGUACCCCGAAAAACCUCGAAAUGUGCAUAAUUCCCAUGCUGAAGGUGUAGGAGUUAAUGUCCCUCCCGAAUUCAACAGCGCGGAUGUUUCACUAAAUGACGAAAGUGGUGACACUGGACGUGAGAAUUCUACCACGUUCAAUAAAAAAGGAAAAGGAAAAAAGCCAGUAAAAUCGAAAAAUUCUUCUCCAAAAAAUAAGUGCGUCUUUAAAAAAAGUAUCCUACUUAGGAAAAAAAAAACACUGUUAAAUGAGGCUUACGACAACCCAAUAUAUUUCGACAUGUGUCACGGCUGCGAUGCUGCACAACCACGUGGCAAUAGGUCCUACAUAAAAAGGAAUAAAAAGAAAAUAAACGGAGAGAAUUGUAAAUACAAGUACGAACUGCCCACUAUCGCUUCCUUGGGAAAGGUCAAAAAAUUAAAUUAUUUAAACUUUACAAUUAACGAAGAUGAAAUGACCAAGCAGGAAAGGAUGCUUCUCGAUAAUUUAUCAAACGUGUGCUUUGGUGGUAGCCUUCUGCACACCGUUACCCAGCCACGCAAAAAGUUGAGGCGUAAAAAGAGAAAACCUCGCCUAUAA